CGUCUUAGAUAUAGAGACAAAACUGCUGCAAGGCUUCAAGUCGUUGUACUUUACGAAAGAAGUAGAGCCAGAUAAACGGAGGGUGAGGCGCAUCAUUCGGUCUGUUCACGAAAGAGACUUGGCUGAGUUAGAGCUGAUCCACGCUAGAUUUGCAAUGGAGAGUACCACGUCUGCGGAGGGUGGCCAUGAUCCGUGUGGUUGUUCCGAAUCAAGCGACGAGACGUACAUGUUCUUGCAACCUACGAGCUCAACAAUGUCCAAUUUAUUUGUUUACAAAGCGAUUGUCGACUCUGCUGACAUUCCCUACUCGCUUCCACUAUCAGAACCUCCUAUUUCUAAUGGAACCUACGCCGUGCGUACAUGCUCCGUCAGUGGCCUCUGUGCCUACAACCCUGACCCACCCAUAGUCCGCAUCUCAUUCCAGGGCACAGAGCAGUCUCCCGGUUCCAUUUACAAACUUCAAGAGUUCUUUAUUGGUUCCAAGCUUGGCUACCAGGGAAACGGAUCGUGGCUGUGGCGAGUGAUGAUGGUGCCCGAGCACAAUCCCGCGAGAGCGCUCUGCACACCAGAGACGUACUUCAUUCGCAAAAAUCUUUCCGACAACAAGGAUGUGUUCCGCCUGCAUUGCCCAGCUGAUGAGAACAAUGUGCUGUGCGUGAGUGCACAGAGGGAAAAGGAUGGUUUUCCGCUGCUUAUCCUUCCCCUGGAUAGUGCGAACUUGGACAAGGCCAUCAGUACAUUCAAAAUGAUCGGCGCACCACAUUAAAUCACAGGAUGACGAAUACAGUUUUUACAGAGUUUGUUUUCUCUCAAUCUCUUUCUGAAGACCCUCAAAUACUAGUACUUUGUUGCCUAUUCCACCCUCUUUUACGUUGUACAUUGUACUGUGGAGAGAACAAACUUAAAAUAUCUUAAACAAAACCUCGGUAGUACAGCCAAAUGCGAUGGCCAGUGAUCUCUUUAUUUGGACAUACCUCUUAUUUGUUUUGCACUUCUAAUGAUAAAGUAGUCGAAAAUAUGGCUGGCGUGUUUAAUUCUUAUUCAUUAGGUAUUAAUUUCUUUCUUUUCAAGCUUUUCGUUUCAGCAUCCCCGUAUUGCCUGCAUGAAUGGUCUAUUUCGAAGGCACUUAGAACAUCUCGCUUUGAGCAUGUAACUUGUUUCCUGUUUAAUCCAAUCCUUCCACCAAGCCUUUGGGAUAGGAUUUU